CGAGACGCCAUGACGAACCGUCUCAUAGGUCGGCAUGUGGAAGCUGUUCCAUGAACGGGUUGGAGAAUAAAGGGUCGUCGAGUGGCGUUGCAGCGGAUAUAAAACUUCCUUGCAUACAACCGGCCUCUUUCAAGCGUUGUCCGUAUCGUAUCGCGUUCAAGCUAUCUGGAGGUCUGCGUCUCGCUCAGAUCAGACCAGCGACGGGAUCCAAGAUGGCGGCACGGCCAGGCGAGGAGAAUGUAGCUACGCUCUUUGCCGAUGUCCACUACUUUUACUCGCCGGCAAAUGUGAAGCCUCGCCAUCACCGGUUCGACAAGGGAUCCUACGUCUAUCUGUUUGAGAAUGCCGGCGAGCGCAGGUGUCGCAUUGAGAUUGCCAACAACCCAGGCACAGAGGAUCAAGACGCAUUCUACGGAUUCCUCGAUCAGGCGCACGUUCGAUACUCGUACAAGCAGCACUGCGCCGUCUCGCUGACCGUCGCCGACUCGGUUGACCAGAGCGAGUGGCAUCUGCCGACCUACGACCCGCGCAACGAGAACAAGUACCACUACAAGCUGCACUCGCUCGACAUCUACUUCUGGACGCAGCAGGAUGCGCUGCAGUUCGUCAACGGCGUGCGCCGCGUGCUGCCGCCGGCCCAGGUCGAGGUCCUCGACGAGCCGGGUCCGCCGCCUCAGCCCGCGGGAAUGAGCGCCGUCGUCCAGAAGCUCGAGAGCGCGGCCAUUUCGGAUCCGCAGUACAGCAACGGCUCCGUGUCGGCGCAGUCGGCUUCGCACAGCUCGGUCGGCGGCCCUGGCGAUGCCGCGGCCGUUUCCUCAGGGACACCGAGCAUCUCCAUGCCGCCUCCGCCGCCUCCGCCUCAGCCUCAGCCUCAGCCAACGAGCUUCGCGCCCAUGGCAUACAAUCCGGCUGCACCCGCUGCGCCCGAGGCCAUUCGCCAUCGCGAGAAGACGCCUCCUCCAGAUGAGGAUCCUCUCAACCCUCUGGCGGUCGCAGUGGCAUAUGACUACCGCGGCCAGCCUUUCACUCCAGGAAUUCCCCCGCCGUCUCAGUUCCCGCCGUCGGCAGUCACCAGCCCAGGGUUCGCGCCUCCUCAGUUCGCCGCACCGCCAGUCCAUCCCGGAAUUCACAGAGCCACGACCAUGCCGGCGCAGGCGUUGCCUUCGCCCGGACUUCCCGGCACCUAUGGGGCGGGCUUCCCAGCAUCGCCAGGCCUCCCUCCGCCACCAGCGUCUCAGCCGCCAAUGCCCACCCAAGGCCUCGCCAGUCCUCCGCCAGGCGGGUACUCCAACUACUCAUACUCGCAGCAGCCCGGCUACGCACCAUCGGGCUCGGUGGAUUACUCGAUACAUCAGCAGGUAUACAGGCCAACGGAAGCCGAAGCAGGCCACAAGUAUCAGCCGAAGCAAGAGGGCAAAGGAAAGUUUGAGGAAAACGCCGGCCGGAUUGAGAGGGGUGUGACGGGCAUGCUGAAGAAGUUUGAGAAGAAGUUUGGAUAGUGGCGGAGACGGAGAUGGGUCGGUGUGAAGACGGGUGUAAUGGCAGGAGUACCGGGUUUGUACCAAAGAUUUGUUUUGUCACAUGACGAU